AUGUUCCAGGAGGGUGUGCCUGGGCUAGACCACUUGGUACGGUUUGAGGCCUCCCCUCUUCUUUCCGAGAAGGUGGUUGCUCCCACACCGCCCGGAAGUGCUUGUGGUCGGGUCCCGGGAGCGGACUGGUGGCGGGACAUGGAGCUGCGAGAUCGUGUGAGCAGUCCGAGUGGAGCAUCCGCUGGGCCGGCUGCGGCCUCGGUGACCCUGGCGCAGCUCCUGCAGCUGGUCCAGAAGGGCCAGGAGCUCCCGGGUCUAGAGAAACGUCACAUCACAGUGACCCACGGCGAACCCACGGCGUCGCUGCUCCCCCGGAGGCCCAAGCCCUGGGAGGACGCAGGCUCGGCCGCCUCAUCCCGCACCACCGCCCCAGACGCGCGCACGCAGUCCCCGACCGUCGAGGAGCCAGCCCGGAGCCGGCCAGCAGCCCAGCUCGGCGGAGGCCCAGCGGGUUCCUGAGCUCGAGGGUUUUUGCAGCUGUGAUCCGGAGUGCUGAAGGCAGAAAACAAUCUUCUCUGAAGAUACUUGAUAAUUUUAAAUAACAGAAAGCACUCUUCCAGUGCACUGUGCCUGUGGAGAUCCUAAGGAAGAACACAACUGUGUCAACACAAGCGAUCCACCACACAGCAACACAAAGUACCUCAGGGCAAGAAGCAGGAAACUCGUCUGCAAAUGCUUUUUUCCUCUUUGAGACAGGGUUUCUAUGCGUAGCUUCUGGAGCCUGCCUGGAACUCACUCUGAAGACCAGACUGGGAUUAAAAGAGUGCACUACCACCA